GUUGUUAGCCUGUUAGCUUGUGGUCGUUCAGGCUGUUGUUGUGGAGGGAAGCAGUUAGCUCCGUUAGCUCGUCGUGUGUUUGGAGGAUAGUUCGCUGCUGGUUUUUGCUCUUUCGGAGUUUCCAUAAUGGCGUAUCAGCUGUACAGGAACACGACGCUGGGAAACAGCCUGCAGGAGAGUCUGGACGAGCUUAUACAGACUCAGCAGAUAACUCCUCAGCUCGCUCUUCAGGUCCUCCUCCAGUUCGAUAAAGCCAUCAACACAGCGCUCGCCAACCGAGUCCGCAACAGGGUCAAUUUCAGGGGAUCUCUGAACACGUACAGGUUCUGCGACAACGUGUGGACGUUCGUUCUGAACGACGUUGAGUUCAGAGAGGUCACCGAGCUCGUGAAGGUCGACAAGGUCAAGAUUGUCGCCUGUGAUGGAAAGAGCGAGUCGACCCACAACAAAACUGAUAAAUGAUUUGGGCGGCCGGCUCUCUGGGAGUUCCUCUGUGGGACAAAGUCCCGGAUGGACCUGGACUGUACAUAUAAUUUAUUACAGCGGUCACCUGUGUGGGUGUGUGCGGCAGUUUGCUUUGUUUUUUAUUGUUUACGGAAGUUUUUGUUCAGUUUGUUGUGAUUACUGAGCUGAAUCAUGAAUAAAAACUUUAUUUAAAACACAAACAACCUCUGAGCACUCAAGCUCGUCUGUUCCAUCAGGUAUCACAACGGACAAUUAAAGGUUUAAAAAAAAAAGAGGCGGGGUGGGGGUUGAUAUUGAGCUUUAAAGUCAAAAGAAAAAAAAUCCCUCUCAAAUUUACAAGAAGAAAUUUCAGAUUUGUGAGAAUUAAAAACCUUAAACCAAGAGACAAAAACUGAGAUUCAUGAAAAGCUUUGAAUCUGUGAAAAUAAGAUUGUGAGAAACACAAAAUGAAAUCAGUCUUAAACAGCGAUUUCUUCAGAUUAUAAAAGCACUGAAGAUGUUUCCAGAGUUUUUUCUGCUUUAUUUAUUUAAUACAACAUCAGGACUGACAUGUAGAAAAGAAAUCACGGUAAAAACGACACGAUUUCACUCCUCAGCUUCCUGGUUUGCUUCAUAAACAAGCAGAAUAUCAAUACAUCUUUGUCUCGUAUUCGCUGCAGUGAGACUGAUUAUUGACGUCAGAUAUUUGGACCCAUAAUACAUCAUCUGUGUGUACAUCUCAGAAAAGAGCAGAUAUAAAAUAUAGAUAUUAUAACUCUGUGUAAACGGAUCAAUACUGCACGUGUUUUCCACAGAGAUGGAAAUGGCUUCAGCUUCCAAACAUUACAAAAAAAAACAGACAAUCCAGACGAGAUGUUGAGAAACGGGACGUUAGCGGCCGUGUUUCAGCAGAACUUGCUCGAGAAAAGUCUUUUAAGUUUUAAGUGUUUUCAGCCUUUCAGAAAGUUGCCGACGUCUCUCAGCGAUCAGAAGCUGCUGACGGUCAGUUCUGCUCUAAUUACAACAUAUCAAAAAAAAAAA